UACAAGAAGGCGGUCUGCAGGAUGUUCCUUGGGCACACGCGCUUUGCUACCUCCAGUGCUCCUCGACUCAACGAGAGUCACCCCCACAGGUUCAGCGGCCCGCAGACCGUUCGCGUAUGGCGAGUGGGGGGUCAAGGGUGGGAAGCGACAGACGAGAACUACGAGGUGUACGUGACGCACAACGGGGACUUUGACUAUUGGGAGCUGUUUGACAGCCUGCGGACGCAGAAGGACCUUGGGCGGUGGCUGCAGAACGUGUUGAAUAUGCACAAGACCAUAGCUUCAUGUGACAGCGUCAAGGUAGCAGGGAUGAUGGAGCUGCUGAGGACGCAGGGGAUAUGGAAACACUCCAUCCGGCUGGCGUACCAGACGAGCGUGCAGCCAUCCUUCCAGCACACGCUCAACGGGGAGAUGCUCCUGGAGGAGAGCUUGCUGAAUCAGAUCACUGCCAUAGCUGAGAAUAUCUUCCAGCAGCACGUGACAGGCGUUCCUGCCUCUUCCGUGCUCCAGGACAGCAGGCAGGUAAAAGACCUGAUUGCCGUGCUGGCCAAGGCCUGGUAUGAUAUCGGGGGAGAGCUGCGCAAUCGCUGCGGCACCUGCGAGCUCCUAGCGCAGCACUCAAUAUGCUACUUCCUGGAGAACGACAUCUUCACUGCCCUUGACAAGUUCCUCUCUUGCGCCCACGGAUCGUUCGGCAUCACCGCAUGCUGUACGCUCGACCCCAACGUCGUCGCCAUCGCCUCCCGCGGGCAGGCCAUGAGCGUCUCGUUCAACGAGGACCUCGGAGUUGUGCUCUGGGGCUCAGAGGCUUCGGCUCAGAUGGUCCCGAUCGGCCUCGUGUCGGGAGGAGGAAGAGGAGGAGGAGGGAGAGACAUAGAAAGUCAGGGCGGCCAGUCAAACAUGGUCCCCAAGUGUACGCAUCGCCACGACUUGGACGAAGAUGGAGGGGAAGUGAUCGAGAUCGCUAUCUGCACCAACACUCAGGACAGGAUGGCGCAGGAGGCAGCCUGGUGUGCCUCAGGAAGGAUGCAGGUGCAGUUUGGAGAGUCGUCUCCCAACUUUGGGCGGUUCUCCCCUUUCUCCAUGCAGAAUAACCUCUUCCUUCGUGUGCAUCGGCAGAAGGAGCAAGGAUUCAUGCCCAAGGAGAAGUUCAUCGCGCCUGAGACCCUCCUCUCCCUGGUCGGAGUCGGAGGAGAUGGCCCGUCGCUGAGCAGGGACGCAAGUCAGGCCAAGGACAAGGUAGCUGCGGACCUUGCCGACAUCCCACCCAUCCUCAGCUUCCUGAGGAAGGAGUUUAGCGAGCAGAAUGGCAAGAACCGCACUACGUCCCGCCACUUCUUCAAGAUGAUCCGCCAGAAGGUCCUCGACAAGGAGCAGUGCAAAGGCGACGAUGCCAAGAGGCUGAUGAUCGAUGUGCUCGUCACAGGAGCAGAGGCCUCCCUGUGGCUCGGUGAGCAGUUCGCCUCCGACCUCCAGUCGCUCUUCCCGACCCUCCGCGUCAUCCCCAUGUCCUCCAACAAGAUCAUCGGAGUACUCUCCAACACCCGCGGGGAGGCUCCCAUGUCAGGUUUUGCCUUCUGCUCUACCACCAUGUCGCUCAAGGAGACUAUCGUCGUGUCUAUCUCGCACUCUGGUCAGACUUUCCCUACCCUACACGCCACCCAUGCUCUUCGCAAAGUCUGCGGCGACCGAGUCUUCGUGCUCACGGGCUCCGUGGACUCCAAGAUGUCGGCGGCUGUAGGACAGCACGCCUACAUCGGCGCUCCAUGGACAGGGAGGGUGUGGACGACGUACGCGGGAUGGAGGCCUUCGGAAGCGCUGACAGUGUCUACUGUAGCAGCGCAUCACGUGCUAACCGAGCUGCUGCUGUACCUGGCAGAGCAUGUGGUUUGCGACGAGGACGUCCAGUUCAUCAAAGCGGCGGGGAAUCGAUUCAGAAAGGAGGACGUGAAGGACCUCUACCGGCUGAACAGAGAUUGCUGCGUGAAGGCGAUACCAAACAUCCUUGGCUGCGACCUCAAUGGCGGCAAGAUGCCUUCUGCUACCCACGAGAAACUCGUUCGCAAGGGACGCUUCUGGGCCUUGCACGUGCUGGAGGGGCCGUACUCCUGGUGUCUUAGCGCCAUGUACAUCUUCGGGACGGUGGUCUCGGGCUACCCUAUCUUCACCGGCAUCAUGCGAGGGGUGACCCAUGACACGGGGCCUGAGUGGCUCAAGUACCUCCUCCUCGCCUUCGACUCGCUCCUCUACAGCUUCCUUCCUCUCUUCUUCUCGAUGAUCCUCCGCCUUCUCCAGGGGAGGGAGCAGUUUGCGAGGCUGGGCAAGAGGACUCUGGUCAUCGGGGACGUCCCCUACGUGCAUCAGCUGCUGGAAAGCUACGUCUCCAAGCUCUUCUCCCUCAGCUACUCAAUCGCCUCCAUCGACGUCCAUGGAGCCAACGCCGUCGAUCACCUUGUCCAUCGCUUCACGCACCGGGUGGCUCGUGGGGUCCUGCUGGCAGUGGGGCGUCCAGACGGAAGGCUGUUCUCGCAGACCAAGGCAGAGAGCUGGGUGAUGAUGGCGAUGCAGCAGGCGAAGGCGAUUGUUCACCUCCUCUCACCUCCCGAGAUCAUCACCGUCGGGCACAACCCGUUCCGCAACACCAUGCUCGGAGACGGCAACAUUACCCUCGAGACUCUCCGGCCCCACUUCCUCUGCGAGUCGCUGGCAGGGGUGGACGAGAACGAGCCCAUGUCGAGGAUGGCAACGAUCAAGGAGCUCAACAAGAACAUGCUGUCAGCUCAGACGAGCUACGCCGAUCACUUCGACAACAAGAGCUUCGCCCAGGGAGAGAAUCUUGAGCCCAUCGGCUCCUCCUACCUCCAGGAGAUGGCUCCCAAUGACAUCAACAGGCUCAGGAGCAAGUUCCAGUCCCUCACCGAGUGGGCGGCGGCAGAGGCCGACAUCGGAGUUCACAAGACGUCUGACGCAAGCGCCCCAGUCUUCUAUAGCAAUGACAACAGCAAGCACGACAGAAGCAGGCACGACAAGAGCAGGCACAGUGACCUGAGCUCGAGGAGGAACGACGCCGAGUCGCUCUCCUCCCAUGGCCGAGUGGCGCACGUUGGCGCCAACCUGGUUCAUUCGGACCAGCACCAUGGGGGCGUGCUGGACAAGACCAUUGGGCGGAUCUUCAAGCGCGGACAGGGAGGAGACGAGUCCUCACACAACCUCGCCGAGGCUGCAGGGCCGACGGUCUUCGACCGAGCGCUUGACAAGGCGAGCGGGCAGCUGCUAGAUUUGCUGGGCAAGACGAACCUUGUAGAGAUCAUGUACGAGAACAGGUUCGCGUCGCUCGAGAGGUACGUCGCUUUCCUCGUCUUCUUCCAUGCCAUGGCCAAGCGCGUCGCCUCCUUCCCCCUUCUGCCCUUCGACAUCUCAAGGUCUCAGAGCCAGCUGAGGAUCGCGACGACCGCUGCUCCCAUCAGUGCGGCUGAGGUCGAACGCGAGUGGGCGACCGACAAGUCUGCCUCUCUCCUCGACGUUCAAAUCACUUCCAGCGACAUGUCUCGGCAUGGAGCCUCCGCCAAGCCCGUCGACUACUGGUAGACGCGGCUGACUCGCUUCCAUGCUCCCUUCUCCUCGUGCGUUAGUGCUCCCCUGCUUGCUUGUGUUGAUUGUUUUCUGCGAAUAAAGUUCCCGAACUUCGCAGCUCCUCCGUCAUGUCCUGUACAGAAACUUGUUUCAGCUUCCCUGGCUUGCAGACCCCGUGCAGGAGGUUGCGUAGGAAAAAGUCUGCGUCCUCCUCCUCAGGAAGGCUCUUGGGGAACGGGCAGUUGCAUCCUCGCCGCACGUAGAUCUCCACGUCCUCCUCCGACUUGACCGGGUCAAGAAGACGCAUCCUGCUACUGAACUCUUCGAUCGACAUUCGACGGCUGCUGGCGUCAGAGAUGGACUCUACCAUGCCUCUCAGCUCUUCCAUGUGCUGCUCGCGCUCCUGAAUGGUCUGAGAUCGAAACUCCUCCGCAAACUCGUUCUGCGAGAAGUUGGAGUCGUCCUGGAACAGGUUGCCAUAGGCAAACGUCUUCUCCUCCCCAUACGCCAGAUCGAGGGCCCUUUUGAGCUGGAGCAUCUGAUCGUAUGACUUGUGGAAGAAGUUCUGAAUGGCAAUGAGGAACUUUUCCUUGCUCGCCAUCCCCGUCUUCACGCCAUCAUGAUCGUCAUGAUCAACAACGUGUGCAAGGUGAAUGCAAGAGUCAAUCUGCUUACGCUCGUCCAAGUAAACAUCCUCUGCAAGAUCUCCCAGAAGGAUCUUGAGGAAGAGCGCACAAUCCGUGUCAUGCGAGUUGAACUGUAGACAUACUAUGAGGUUGUAGCACCACUCUGCUGCUUUCUGCGACUUGCCAAGAAAUUUCUCCAUGGAGUAGUUGUGGAGGUAGUUCUCCAGAGACGCUCUGUCCUUAGCCUGCUUGCGCUCCUCGGACUUGAUCUUCGACUGCCAUAUGUCCCUGAUCGCCUUCUCAGCAUCUCGUUUUCUCAUCCGCAUGUUUCUCACUUGUCCGUUGUACCUGCGCGCACUGAGACGAGCAGGGCAGAACAAGCUCGCACCUGAGGAAGAUCGGGACUUCCGGGCUGUCCCCCAAGCACUCAAUGAACUUGUCG